UUCUACGCCCAGUAGACCGAUGUUGGAAGUCUACUCGGGCACAACUUCGCAUAUUAGACUCGCAGAAAUACCAUUGUGACUGGAUUUUUCCCCCCGUUUUCCUUCUGUAACCUGCAGGAUUUUUCGACAAUCUCGGGGAAUAAUGUGGACUAAAAUCUUGACUUUCUGCGUGGUUUUAUUGCUGUAUGGAGGCCGUGUUCGUGGCAGUGAAGACGGCACACCAGGCGACCAGACAAGGGCCCUUCAGUUUCUCCGCAACGUUCUGUCGAAGGACUCCCAGCAGUCACAAAUUUUCAAGAAACUUGCUCUCGGUCGGUCCCGCAGGGAUGCAGAAAAAGAAUGUGGUGGAACAGUCCAAGUUGAAGUGGGAUCUUUCCAGUCUCCUGGCUUCCCAAGAGGGUAUGCUCAAGACCUCCUCUGUGUAUGGACAAUACAAGCUCCAGCUUCAAAACAGGUGCUGCUCCGCUUCAUGUCGUUCGAUGUCAAAGGGGGCUCUAGAGGUGUCUGCAACCCGGGAGAGGAUUACGUCAUGAUGCGAGACGGCUCAAGAACGGGAAAGAACCUCGGGAUAUUCUGCAACGCUUUAAUGUCAGAAUCGCCCUUGCCGUCAGCUAUUCUUUCCGUCACCAAUGAAGUUUGGAUCAUCUUCCACACAAACCGCAGAGACGAAGGGAAAGGUUUCCUACUCAGCAUCCAGGCUGUGACCUCGGUGAAAUUCUCGGAUUACAUUGCCGAUCAGAUAACCUUUGAACCAAGUACAGAGGCUGAGUCAUCCUCGGCAGGAAGACCAUCAACGGAAGUCAUUGAGACCACCAAAGCACCUACAACAUUGCUGCGUCGAUUAUCUGUUAAUCCAGCAACCACCUUUCCUUUUACUCAAGAGAGUGAUCAACUAACAAUCGCACCAGGAGACAAAUUUUCUUUUGAAUCAGUUGCAAUUGGUAAUCCCCAAUUGGGCACUUCUUUUUUCGGAAAUAGCAUGGGCUCUUUUGUAGGCUACACAAAUCCACCUCCAUCGGAUACGCCUACGACUGUGACUGACCUCAUCACACACCCUGAUUUAACACAGACCCUCCCUAAAGACACAACUGAUAGCAGAAGUCAACCACAAAGCACCUCUCAGUUACAAACAGUAUCAUCAACUGAUGGGGUAACUUCACAUCAUGAACUUCAAACUGGGCAGCCUAUAAUGCAAUCAAAAGAGCAAUCUACAGUCUUAACCAAAAGUUUUGGUGUAACGAACAAACAACAAGAGGCUACUGAAACUGAACUGCUACCCGUCGCCCAAACCGAACUAAAGUUUCUUACUGGAACUGAGCAGAUAUAUCUACUUCAAUCUGAUGAAGAAUCUGUAAGUCUGCCUGACUUGCAACAAGCAACUGGAGUUACGCUGCUACCUGUUACUGAGCCUGAACAAUACACUGUGACUCAAGUUAGAGACGUUUCUGAUGCUAAACAGCCGUCCGUCUCUAAUACAGAUUCAGUAACUAAGUCUUGGCAACAGUUUGUGACUCAAAUUGAAGAGCUUCCAGUCACUGAAGUUAAACAGGAACCUUUAACUAAACCUGAUGAGCUACAACCUUCAACAAGAUCACUACCUACGGAACAAGAAACAAUAACUCUAACAAAACAACUCCUCUCUACCUCCAAUCUGAUACCAACAACACAGCCUGGUCCACAAAUUGUUACUCAAACUGGAGAACUUACCAAUCUGAAUGGAUUACAGGAACUAACAAGCUCUUGGCAACAAAUUAUAAGUCAAACAGUAAAGCUGCAAACUCAUGCCAAACAGCAACCAGUUACUAAAUCAAAUGGACCCCAGCUCGUAACAAUGCUUUUGAAAGAGAUAACUGUUCCAACUAUACAACCAUCAGUGAGUGAAAUAGAUAAUCAAGAACCUGGUAUUCAAACUGGAAAACAAGUUGGAACUGAGUCCUACAAAACUCAAAGUUUAACUAUGGCCAAAACAGAUGUUCAGCAGCCUGUUACUCCAGCUGAACAACUUCUGACUGAGAUCUAUGAACUACAACCUGUAACCAUGAGAAGGCAGCAAUCUGAUUCACCGACUGGACCACUUGAUCCACUAACAGACAAACCUCAGUAUUUAACCGAACCGGAUGAAAGUUGGAUCAGAACUGAACAAGACAUCGCUACUCAGACUGAUGCUGGCGAUAUUGGAACUCAACAGCCCACUGAAAUGUUCACUUAUCAAGAGCAAGGUUCUACUGCAGAAUACCAACCCAUAAGCACAACAGAAGUCAUAGUUUCCAAUGAGCCGAAAGAAACAAUCUCCCAGCAGCAUCUCCCCUCUUCAGCCAAGUCAGCAUCCACUACUGAACAGCACCUUGAUGUUAAAACACAAUGGCAAGCCCUCACCACAGAACAGCGCAGACCUACAACAGAUCCAGAAGCUGAUAGACAGGUCACUGUUCCUCCAUCAGUUCCUCCAACUCUACCACCGCCUCCUCCAUCUCUACCACCACUGCUUCCAACUCUUCCACGUCUAACACCACUGCUUCCAUCGCCACCACCUCCCUUCUCCUUCCCAGAUAUUACCCCGGAACCGGGUUUCCCCUCAAAGGAAUUUGACCACCCUCUCACUCAGUCUCUGUCCCAAGUAUUUAACACUUUGGUCAAUGUGAACUUACAUGAUAGAAAGAGCAUAAUACAGGCCUGCCAGAAUCUGAACGAGACGAUGAAUGAAACGCUGGAAUCCUUCAAGUCUCUACCACGGCUGGUACAGGGUUUAGAAUACACUAAAUCAUUACUCACAGCAAGCCUUCCAGUUGAGAUGCUCAGUGUCAACUUCUCAGGAGAUGCAGCUCUUGAUAAUCCGCAGUUGUUCCAAUUUCUGCUCAUACAGAGUUUGGAAGACGGCGUUUCAGAGAUUAUAACACAGGCCAGUCAGUUCUUGAAUUACACCAUUCAGAAUGUUUCCCGCAUCCAGUCUGAUAUACCUGAAGCAUCAUGCAUUCGAGGUUACUCCCAGCAGCUUCUGAAUGCUCUACAAAGAGACACGAGUAUCACUGGAAGCCUUGCCUUAGUUAAUGAGGUGUUUAACGACCUGUUCGGAGUUAAUAUCACUAAAAAACUUCCGCCUAGAGUUGAUGAUUACCAACCUGACUUAGCUCCGGACGAAGAGCCCUGGGACUUUAAUCAGGUGAUCACCAACCCCUCGGGUGAGCUUCAAUCCCCAAACUAUCCCGAUGCAUACCCCAUGGGUGUUCGCUAUCGUUGGAACAUCACAGCUAGACCACACGGAUUAAUCUCUCUCAAUUUCACCCAUUUUGAUCUGGAUUCAGCACUGAUAGAUAAUCAAUGUGACAGCCGAUAUGCACAUAUUACAGUUGUUGAUGGAUCUGGUCUAGAAACUGAAAGGAAACAUGUGUAUUGCGGUCAAGAAGUACCUGAACAAAUAGUGUCAUCUUCAAACUUGCUUAUUGUGAUGUUUAUAAGUAGUUAUGGAUAUGGUACAGGGUUCCAUGCUGAUUUUGCUAUGCAUAAACUGGGCGAUUUUGGGGGUUACCAGUAUUCAAAAACAGUGGUGCCUGAUCGUGUGUGUGGAGGUGUUUUGACUCAACGGAGAGGUAGUAUAAAGUCGCCAAACUACCCUGGAGAUUUUGAAACCAGUGUUGAUUGCCAAUGGAUUGUAACAGUAGAAGCUGGACUAACCAUCUCCCUCAAUUUUACCGAUUUCAACUUGGACUCGUUUCCAGUCGACAAUUGGUGCAGUGAAAGCUACGCUCAUGUGAAAGUAGAUGACGGAAGCCAUGGGAGUAGUCGUGUGUACUGUGGGCAAGAACUUCCACCACUUUUCAUAUCGUCGACAAAUUCUAUAACCAUCUCAUUUGUUGGUAUGUAUGGUUCUGGUGGAAAGUUCUUCGCAUUCUACGAAGCUAUCAAGCAAGAUUCAAAGCCCCUCUUAACAUCAAGUCCAGAUGUUCCAUCAACAGAACCAGUGCACCCCUGUGGAGGAAACCUGGAGGACUCAACAGGCGUCAUUCAGUCACCAAACUACCCUGGAGAUUUUGAAACCAGUGUUGAUUGCCAGUGGAUUGUAACAGUAGACUCUGGACUAAUCAUCUCCCUCAAUUUCACUGAUUUCAACUUGGAUUCUUUUCCAGUCGACACCUGGUGCAGUGAGAGCUACGCCCAUGUGAAAGUAAUUGAUGGAAGCCAUGGGAGUAGUCAUGUGUUCUGCGGCCAAGAGGUUCCACCAUAUUUUAUCUCGACAACAAAUACAAUAAGCAUCUCCUUUGUUAGUAUGUUUGGUUACGGUGGAAGGUUCCACGCAUUCUACAAAGCUAUCAAGCAAGAUUCAAAGCACCUCGUAACAGCAAUAACAGAACCACAGCACCCCUGUGGAGGAAACCUGGAGGACUCAACAGGCGUCAUUCAGUCACCAAACUACCCUGGAAAUUUUGAAACCAGUGUUGAUUGCCAAUGGAUUGUAACAGUAGAAGCUGGACUAACCAUCUCCCUCAAUUUCACUGAUUUAAACUUGGACUCUUUUCCAGUCGACAACUGGUGCAGUGAAAGCUACACUCACGUGAAAGUUAUAGAUGGUAUCCAUGGGAGUAGUCAUGUGUUCUGUGGGCAAGAGGUCCCGCCACUCUUCAUCUCAUCAACCAACACAUUAACAGUAACUUUUGUUAGUAUGUACGGAUACGGCGGAAGGUUCCAUGCAGUUUACACAGCUCUUCUGCAAGACCGAAUCAAGCCAACGGAAUCAGUGUGCGGAGGGAAUUUCAACAAGACAAGAGGUGUCAUUCAGUUGCCAGACCACUUGGAAGGAGAGUUUGAAAUGGGUUUGCGCUGCCAGUGGAACAUUACAGUGGACAUCACUGAGGUCAUCUCCUUUAUUUUCACCGAGUUCAACUUAGAUUCUCUCCCCAUUGACGACAAAUGUAACGAGGGUUAUGCCCAUGUUAAGGUAGUGGAAGGCUCGGGAAAGAGCAACAUCUACUGUGGACAAGAGAUACCUCUGUCAUUCAUCACCACCACAAAUACGCUUCUUGUUGUUUUUGAUAGUUCAUAUGGAUACAGCGAUCGCUUUCGAGCAGUUUAUCGUGCUUACCAAGUGUAUGAUAGUGGCUCAGGAGACCCUAAGCUGGGUAUUGAGCCUUCCUCUAUGUCAGUAACCGAACCUUUGUGCGGGGGAUCGUUCAACCAGCCAAGUGGUAGCAUUCAGCUACCGGAGCAGACCAGCGAUAACUGCAGGUGGAACAUAACGGUUGAAUCUGGAUGGAUUAUUCUCCUAACUUUCACAACGUUCGAUAUUGAUUCCUACACGGUGGACGGACAGUGUGACGAGAACUACGCUCAUGUCAAAGUGACGGAUCAGCAGUCGUCGAACAUUUUCUGUGGCCAAAAUGUCCCGCCUCAAGUCACUUCCAGAUCGAGAACACUGAUUGUGGACUAUGUUGGGGUGUAUGGUUAUGGGGAAGGUUUUGAGGCAUCUUACGUCAUACGAGAUGCUGAUUUUGCGACGCUUGAGGCCAGCCAAGUUACAGAUGCUGUUUCUUCCCCAUCCGCAUCGACCCAGGCACAAAUACUAACUGAUGAGACUUUGUAUCAGUGUGGUGAAGACCUCAAUCUACCAUAUGGGACAAUUCAAUCUCCUUCCUACUUGGGUGACCAAGCCACUGGUGGGAGAACUUGCAGAUGGACCAUCACAGUGGGAGACAACUUACUGAUUCAGCUUGCCUUUACAGACUUUAAUCUAGAUUCAAUGGCCAUAAACGGUGAGUGUGACCAACGGUACGACUAUCUCAAAAUAGUAGACGGCGAGACACAAGUUGGCAGCUCUGAGUUUGUUUAUUGUGGUCAGGAUAUCCCAAACAUUUACGUGUCGUCAUCCAACGAUCUGAUUGUAAUUUUCUACACCAGUUAUGGAUACAGUGGUGGUUUCACUGCCGAAUACAAAGUCGUUGAGCCGGACAAGAUCCUACCUAAUACGUUCUCACCUUCCACAUCCAAGUCAACACAGGCACAUCUAACUGAUGAGUCUUCGUAUAAGUGUGGAGGAGACCUCAACCUACCAUAUGGGACAAUUCAAUCUCCUUCCUACUCUGGUGACCAAGCCACUGGUGGCAGAACUUGCAGAUGGACCAUCACAGUGGGAGACAACUUGCUAAUUCAGCUUGCCUUUACAGACUUUAAUCUAGAUUCAAUGUCCAUAAACGGCGAGUGUGACCAACGGUACGACUAUCUCAAGAUAGUAGACGGCGAGACUAAGGAGUUUUUAUAUUGCGGCCAGGAUAUCCCAAACAUUUACGUGUCGUCAUCCAACUAUCUGAUUGUAAUCUUCUACACCAGUUAUGGAUACAGUGGCGGUUUCACUGCCGAAUACUCAGUCAUGGAGCCAGACAGCAUAUUAACCAAUACCUUAUCACCUUCGACAUCCAAGUUGCCAUCGGCUGUUGAACCUCAUGAGUGUGGUGGAGAUAUUUCAACACCUACCGGGGAAAUCAAAUCUCCAAACCCUGGUGAUUACACCACUGGUGUUAACUGCGUAUGGAAAAUCACUUUGGAUGCUAGCUCAAAGGUUGUACUGAGGUUCACGGUUUUCAAUGUAGAUUCUAUGCCUGUUGAUAAUGAAUGUGACACAAGAUACGCUCAUGUACUUGUAGUUGAUGGCAGCAGUGAAGAGACAAGUCCAAAACAUGUCUACUGUGGUCAAGAUCUUCCAGAGGACUUUGUGUCAACCAGUAAUUCAUUAAUCAUCGCUUUCAUCAGUCAAUAUGGCUAUGGGGGAAGAUUCAAAGCAGGUUACUCUCCACUCGAAUUGGAAGACGACUACCUCAUACUCCUUCCGUCAACUUCAAUUCCAUCCAUUCUAGGCUGUGGUGGUAUUCUGGACUCUCCUGAUGGUGUAAUACAAUCCCCAGAUUUAUCCACAAUGGAAAGGACUCAAAGCAUAAACUGCAAAUGGUACAUAGAGCUGCAGGAGGCUGGCACCAUCACCAUUGUCUUUGAAUACUUUGACUUGGAUUCUGUUUUAUUUGAGAACGGAUGUGAGGAGAUGUAUGCCAACUUAAAGAUCAUCGACACAAGUACCGGUGUGUCUCAGGUGUACUGUGGUCAGGAAGUACCCCCAAGCUUUGUAGCAUCAACUAAUGAACUGUUGAUCGUCUUCAGUGGAUUGUAUGGGUUUAGUCGAGGCUUCCGUGCAGAGUAUCACUCUACUCAACCUCUUCUAAGUGUUGACCCAACAACUGUUUCUGUUUUACCAACAUCUGUUUCAGCUGUAGAAAGCCAGCUUCCAGCCUGCGGCAGUAUUCUAAGAGAAGACUAUGCUGAAUUUUCAACCCCAGGCUAUCCUAACUUGUACCCUUUCAAUACCAUUUGCUCAUGGCAUAUCUUUGUCGAUAGCACGCACUUCAUCGCCCUCAAGUUUCUUGACUUUGAUAUUGACAAUCCCAUGGUGCAACCGGAUUGCUCUAUUCACUACUCAUACGUCAGAGUCAGCUACCAAGGAGAAAGCGGCAUCCAGGAAACCCAUCUCCUCUGUGGAAGUGAACUGCCUGAAAUAUUGAAAAUGAGAACGCAUUCGGCGGUGGUGUAUUUCAAAAGUAACCUUGGUAUGGGACAAGGUUUUAAAGCUUCAUAUCAAGCAUACAGUCAAUCCAGCAGUGAUGUUUGGGCAACCGCAAUACCACCUGCUACUGUAAGUGUUAUAUCCCCCUUGGUCUUAAUUGCACAAUCUGGACAGAUUCUCUCACCAAACUACCCAGUGCAGUUCCCGCACAAUGUGGACAAACUAUGGAUCAUCAGACCAGCUCGUCAGACAUUCAUCACUCUCAUCUUUGAAGAUAUCGACUUUGAUGCAAUAACUGGUGAGAGCGGACAAUGCAAUACAUUGUACACCAAUGUGGCCCUCACUACCUUCAACAUCGACAGAGGAUACUCAGAAUUUCUCAUCUGCUCAAAUCAAAUGACGACCGCUGUGUAUUCGUACGGUGAGCUUAAACUGGCGUUCCAUAGCACCUAUGGCAUUGGUCGUGGAUUUAGAGCAACAUACUCGUCUGACAUUCGUUUUGGAGAUUUUGGGUUUGUCACCGAAGAACCAGAUACACCAACACCUAUACAAAGCCAAUCUACCUAUAAGGAAUAUGUCAUGAAUACCCGGAAUCCCAUAGUGGAGAUCACAGAUGGGUGCCUGUAUACCCUGACACAAAGCAGAGGUCACUUUUCGUCGCCAGACUACCCCAGUAUGUAUCCACAGGAGGUAGUGUGUCAGUGGAUCAUGCUUGCUCCUAGUGGUUGGCUUGUACGUCUGGACUUCUCCCAAUUCCUACUGGACUCUGACGACUCUCCUCCUUGUGAUACUAAAUACUCCCACCUUGUCAUCACCACUUCUGACGCCUAUGGUGGGAGAGACUACACUUACUGUGGUCAACAGCUACCGCCCAGAAUCAUCUCUCCAACUAACAGGUUGGUUGUGACUUUCAGAAGCAUGUUUGGUAUAGACUUUGGAUUUGUUGCGGCCUAUCAAUUCAUCAGUGCGGAGACAUAUCAAGGAUCUUUCGGCCCAGUUUUCAUUGACAGAGACGGAAAUACAGGUCAUGGGUCAGAUGCUGAGAAAACAACAUCACCCAUGAGCUCUCAGGAAGAGGACAGUGCUGCUCGGGUUACUGAAGGCAGUCUUAUUGGUGAUACUCCUUGUGAACGAGUUUUCAGUAAUCCUGAAGGAGUCAUCCGCUCGCCGUACUUCCCUCAGGGUAUGCCUCAAGGAGAAGAAUGUACAUGGACCAUCACUGUACCAGGAGAGAAAGGAAUUCAUCUGUCUUUCCUGGACUUUUACCUGGAUGACUACGAGGUUGACACAUCCACUUGUUCUGAAGAUUCUGCCUCGGUUAGUGUUUUAAUGGAUGGCAGUCUCUAUGAGUUUUGCGGGAACGUCCCACCGUCUCCUCUCAUCUCAACUGGAAACUCUAUCAUCGUCGAGCUUAAGACAAUGUCAGGAAAUGGUCCAGGCUUCAGGAUGCACUUCAUCGAUGCCAGCCUAGUGUCUGCCGACUCGGUAACAUCCCAUAAGACUGGAGACAUCACGGAAUCAGGUACUUCAGGAGUAGACUUCCGAUUUCUUGGAGACGAUGGCAUGACUGUCCCGCCCAAUGGUGACAAGAGGGAUUUCACGCAACCUGAUAGGGAGCGGGUCAACGUGCCAGUUCCGCAGUCAGAUGACCCUUCAGCCAUAACUGCUUCAACUCCGGUGUCAGGUGUGGAAGAUGAGGUGGGGUCGACGGGUACCAUCAACACGACGACCGUCAACAAGGACAACAUGGAAACCUUGUCAGGGUAUACCUCAGUAGCUAAGACAACUGGCACUGCAAGUACAGCUGAUGCAGGAGAUGUACUGACCAGCCACCAGCUUCGCGUCACAGCGAUUGUCUGCGGCAGUGUGUCCUUCAUUCUUUUCUUUCUACUCAUCCUCCUCACUACCAUCUGCAUAUACAAGAGACGUAGGCGUCACUCCAGCAAAACUGUCAACAUGGGACAAUCAGAGAAGAACUACUGGCAGAACUACAAGUCCUGGGCCCGGGAGUACACCGGCGGUCCGAACAAGCUAGAGGUGGCUGAUGAGGAGGGGGUGGAAGCAGUACCAAUUCCAGAACAGGAGAGGUUGGUUUGAUGGUGACUGUUCUCAGGCACUCUUGGCUGCAGUAGCUAAUUUCAUGGCUCUGCUUAGCACCGAAUUAUGCACUUAUGAUCACCGCUCUCCACUUACUGCGCAAGCGCCAAAUUUAUGUGCUAGCUGUGUAAGCAAAGAAUGCACACGCACAAGCAACAAUUUCCUGCUUACGCAUGAAAUUUGCUUGAUGUUAGUGCGGAAUUCCCUGCUAUUGUAAGUGCUGAU